CGUAGCUAUCAACGCGUUUAAUCUCGCGGUACAUUUGAAGAAUUCGAGAGCUGAUUAAAUGUCUCGUUUAAAAAUAUAGUUUCCCGAUCGGGAAGUGCUAGCUAAGGUCGCUGAAAAACACAACGGCCUCUUGACAGAGAGGGUGUUUUCUCGCUGGGAGAUACGCUGACACUAUUACAAUAAAAGACUUAGAUUUCUUCCGUCGCGUUGGUGCAUUUAAAAAAAUUCCAUAAAUUAUACUUGCAGAGAGCGACAGGAAGGCAUUUGAAAAACUGUUAAAUAUUAAUGUCGCCGCAGUCGCUGUGUGUAUCAACAAAGCGGUGCGUUCGAUGCGCAAACGAAACGUCGAAGGACAUGUUUUCAAUAUCAACAGUGUUUUAGGCCAUUAUUUAUUGCUGAACGCUGCGGAUGAUUUUCCUGACUUUAAUUUGUAUCCCGCUACUAAGCAUGCAUCUGUUGCUUUGACUCACGUGGUACGACGGGAAUUAGCGGUUAUUAAGGCCCCUAUUCGAAUUACUGUAAGUUGCGAUCAUAUUUCGAGUUUCUUAUUUCUUGUUGUUCCAUUUUCUAAGGUUCCUUUAUAUAAGUGAUAACAUUUAAUUAACAACAAACGUAUUAAAGUAUUAUUUAUGGUAUCGCAAUAUUGUUAUAUUGGCGACAAACUAUUCUGCGAUGAGAGAAUAAGAGUAAUUGUUGCUUGUGCAUAUCAAUAUAAGAUGAAAUGUUA